CAAAUGGUCACAUCCAUAUUGAUCAGGCCACACACCAAACGAGAGCAAACGAACAUCAAAUGCUGUUGAGGAAUGGUGCGCACCGUUUUAGAGAAACGUGUCGUUAAAUUCAAAGCGUCACGCAACGUGGCAAACGUUGAAUCGAACAGAAAGCUGACCGCACUCGCUAUGGGAAAUCCCUAGCCUUGUAGAUUCACUUCCGUUUUAGAUAGCUUUAUAUAAACUGCAACCCUUCUGUUCUGGAUCAUCAUCUUCAUUGCUGUAGUUCUACAAAUAUGUUUUCUCUACUCGUCUGCGUUAUAGCUGCCUCCUUGCAAUGUGGGCUCACACAGGAAAUGCCUACCCAAGAGGUGAAGUCCGUUUGUGGAGAGGACUCAAUUCUGAAAUGUAAAGCAAUAUGUAAGCCUGGGGUCCAGUACCGGGCAGUGAGGUGGUACAAGCUCGGUGAGGAGCCCUCUAAAAAGGAGUCUGGUCUAUUGAUGAAGAGGCUAUCACAUAACGGCACCACCCAAUGGUACGCCGGUCUGGAGCGUGAAGUGAAACUUUUGGCUGAUGAUUCUUUCGAUAUCUUCCUGCCCAAUGUAACGGCUGUUGAUAGCGGGAGGUAUAAGUGUCUCCUGGCAGCACCUGUAGGAGAGCAGAACCAGGAGGGGCAGGUUCACCUCAGAGUGACAGGUUGCCUUGAGUCCACAGACCAAUCAGAAGAAAGGGACACCAUCCUAGUUCUUUCCAUUGUGGGGCUUGUGGCAGCAUUGCUGAUAUUCACCAUCAGCUAUGUCAUCUUAAGGAAUAUGUUAUUGCAAAGGAGUAAGAAGUAUCCACAAGAACCACUUCUAGAUGCACCCCUUGAGAAGAAGGAUUUAAUGUUGAUCUACACUCUGGGGCCAAACUGGUCAGGACAGGGUUCCAUAAAACAUGUCUGUGUGUGAGAGCCUGUUCUGCUAGUUUGGGCUCAUUGGAUACUUGAAUGUGAAGAGGAAACGCAGAGAAAGACUAGGGCACUUUUAAAGCUGAGCAAGGAGCCUAAGAGUCAUGUCUACUUUCCAGGAGAAGAGUUCACCUCUAGAGCAGAUGGAGGCAGACAACCCUCUGGCCGGUCCUGUAGAACUAAGAUGUGUAGGCUUUUCAAAGAAAUGAAACAAACAGAAGCCUACACCCUUUCACUCAGACAGCCAAACAGCAAUACAGCCAGGCUAAGGCAGCAGUUCUCCAGCAACGACUGCCUGUCUGCAGCAUUCACGCGCCUGUGAUGCACAAGGAGCAGGGCCUGGUGAAGGGACCCCACAAUCUAAGCCCCAAGAUCUAACCCCAAGAAGGAGCUUCAGAAAGGGGUGAAGGAAUGGUCCACGAUGAGGAGUCAUAUUGGACAGUUGCGCCAUGGCAACGUUGGGGUUAAUUCCAUUCACAUCUUAGCCAAACCAGGAAUUGAAAUUGACAUUGAGUUUUGAACUGGGAAAUGACCAAUGUGUACAGAAUUGAUCUUUUUGAAUUUCUGCACAGAGAAAUGAACCCAACCUUGACUGCAUUCCAUCUGAGCCAAGCAAGGCUCCCAAUGAGCUCUAAUGUUUUAGGCAUACUUUAGAUUUUUUGCUAGGCCAAAACAAUACAUGAUGAAUUUUUUUAAUGCAGAAACAAAAAAUAAAAUUGUCUUCCGCCAAGCAAACCAUAAGUAAAGGGGCUUGAAAAACUGGCUAAAAGAAAUUGGCAGAAAAUGAAACAUAAAAAGUUCUGUAAAUAAUGUUGUAAAGUAUCACAAGUACAUGUACUGUGUGUUCUGAAAUAUCACUGUUUUAGAUAAAUGCUGUCUUACCUUUUAAGAUGAGUCCUCACUUUUGUAGUCACCACAGUUUGAGUGUCUUUCUGAGAAUGUGUGGUCUCUUUCAGUCAUCUCAUGUUAUUCGGGUUAAUCUAAAUGUUUUUAUUUAUUUUUAUUUUACCAUUUACAGAUGUUCACAGACUAGAUAACAUUGAUCAAUAUAACAUUUAAGAAAACAUACUAUUUCAUAUUUCAUAUUAAAAAUAAUACAUUGAAGUUUGUUAUAUAGUACAUUGUAUUUGGAAUUUAUAGUGAAAUAAUCUGGCAAUGAUUUGUAGGAGAGCACAAAAUGUCUGUCGAUUAAAUGAAUUAACUAUAUUCAUUGGAUGGCGGUUUUGAUUUUUAAAUAAAUAUGUACAUAAUUUAUUUCGCAUAAAUAAUAACUUUCACAUGAACAGGAUGUUCAACUCCUACCACCUCUUAACUGAUAUUUUUGUCAUUGUCAAUCUUCUUUGAGAAUCAUCCCAACACAUUACAAGGCGGAAACAUAGCCCUGUAAA